AUUCCACUUGAGAUAUUUUACAUCAGAAGAUUUCUGGACAUUUUCGCCAUGGCACCGCCACAGAACGGAUCUAACCUAACGGGGAACUUUACAAACCAGUUCGUGCAGCCGCCGUGGCGCGUCGCGCUCUGGUCUGUGGCGUACAGCUCCAUCCUGGCGACCGCGGUGUGCGGGAAUCUGAUCGUCAUGUGGAUCAUUCUGGCUCACAAGCGGAUGCGAACCGUCACCAAUUACUUUCUGCUCAACCUGGCGUUUUCAGACGCAUCGAUGGCCGCCUUCAACACUUUGAUUAAUUUUGUUUAUGCCACGCACGGUGACUGGUAUUUUGGAGAAGCCUACUGUAAAUUUCACAACUUUUUCCCCGUCACCUCCGUGUUUGCCAGCAUUUACUCAAUGAGCGCAAUAGCAGUCGACAGGUACAUGGCUAUCAUCCAUCCCCUGAAACCACGACUCUCAGCCACAGCCACUAAGGUGAUCAUUGUGUGUAUUUGGGUGCUGGCUGUGGUUUUGGCCUUUCCUCUGUGUUUCUUUUCAACCAUCAAAAAAUUACCCAAGCGGACCCUCUGCUACGUUGCCUGGCCGAGACCUUCAGAGGACCCUUUCAUGUAUCAUAUCAUAGUGGCAUUGCUGGUGUACGUUCUGCCCCUGGUGGUCAUGGCAAUUACCUACACUAUUGUCGGGUUGACGCUUUGGGGAGGAGAGAUUCCUGGAGACUCAUCAGACAACUAUCAGGGCCAACUGCGAGCCAAAAGGAAGGUGGUGAAAAUGAUGAUCAUCGUAGUGGUGACCUUUGCCAUCUGCUGGCUGCCAUACCAUGUAUAUUUCCUCGUUACGGGGUUGAACAAGCAGCUGGUUAGAUGGAAGUUCAUUCAGCAGAUCUAUUUGUCAGUCAUGUGGCUUGCCAUGAGCUCCACCAUGUACAACCCCAUUAUUUACUGCUGCCUGAACAGCAGGUUUCGGGCCGGCUUUAAACGUGCUUUCCGCUGGUGCCCUUUUGUGCGAGUGUCAGACUAUGACGAGCUUGAGCUGCGGGCCAUGCGGCAUAAAGUAGCGCGCCAGAGCAGCAUGUACACACUCUCACGAAUAGAGACCACCGUCGUAGCCGUGUGUGACCCCUCAGAGCCAACUGGCCACCCAGGCCGGAAGAGCCUUCACAACCACCAGCACAACGGCUGCUCCAACCCCACCAAGAGCAAAGAAGUAACGUAUAUGCCAAGUGACCUGAAGGAGGAAUUCUGCUGAGAUGGACUUUGACGUAAGAUUCAUACUGAAGUAUCAAGCACAGCCAUUUUAACGAAGCCUCAUUCAGUAAAUUGGAAGGAGGUGAUGAGAAUUGAAAAGUAGACUGUUUAUUUGUGUCAUAUCAUUAAUUGAAAAUGCGAGUAUAUAACACAUAAACAGCAUCCUGAUACAGUAAUGUUUUGUAAAGCAUGCCUGGUGCGCUUUGCCUUAAAAAAAAAUUGAGUCACCCCCAGCACUCAUCACCACAAAGACCAAUAUUGUCCAACAUCU